AUGUUCCUCCUCGCGGCCUUUUGUCUGUCCCUGGCGGCAAUUGGCGGUCAGGCCAGGCCACUGGAGCCGACGGCCCAGCACAUCGUUAUUGUGACUCCGCAGGCGCAGGUUCACCUGGAGCCCGCUCUCCGCUAUGUCCACGGACUGUCGCCACUGGCCCGCGUGGCCACUCCGCACCACCAUGAGGAGACCAUUGUGUAUGUGCCCGCUGGAACUGCUGCCCAGGUGGUGCCGGUGGUGGAUGCCGUCGGAUCUGGCCGUGCUGGCGGUGCUCCGGAGACCAAGCAGUGGGAGAACACAGGCGAGAUUGCCAACCAGAUCCAGCAGGUGUCCCAGCAGGGCGUCGAGAUCGUAAGCGGCCAGUUGAGCGAGGCGGCAGCAUCCGCAGCCUCCGCGGGAGCGGGCUUCUUCCCCUCCCUGUUCCCACCAAGUGGGUCCAAGAAGGAGGAGCAGCUGCAGGGCUUGAAGACCGAGAAGAUUGAGCUGAUCGAAACGCCGGCCAAUACUCAGCCAUUGAUUGCCACCGAGGCCAGGCACUUCUACCGUCUGCCACAGGUCUAUCACACACCGGUGGUGGACGUGGUGCAUGGUCCCCUCUACACCUGGCCCAUCUCCACCAUCCGAGCACGCAGCAUCCAGCAGGAACCCGAACUGGAGCUGGCAUCUGCAGAAACUGCUCUGAAGCAGACCCUGAAGGCUGAACAACAGGCUGAGAUCAAGCCGGAGCCGCAGGCUGAGAUCAAGCCGGAACCACAGGCCUUGUUGCAGGAACAGCCUCUGCUGAAGGAACAGCCUCUCCUGAAGGAACAGCCUCUCCUGAAGGAACAGCCUCUGCUGAAGGAACAGCCCCUGCUCAAGGAACAGCCACUGCUCAAGGAACAGCCUCUGCUCAAGGAACAGCCUCUGCUCAAGGAACAGCCUCUGCUGAAGGAACAGCCUCUGCUGAAGGAACCGCUUUUGGAGCAGGCUGCUCAGGAGUUGAAGCCCACUAUUCCUGAUGCUAGCGGACAGAAGAGCGGCCGUCAGCUUGAAAACUCUGCCAUUCAGAAGGACACCAAUCUUUCCAAGGUGACAGAAAACGCAACCCAGGUUCUGAAGGAGGUGGAUCAGCAUAUCAAGGCCAUUCAGCCUGAGACGCCGAUUAAGGGAUUCCAGGCUGCCACAGAUGCCAUAGAGCCGCAGGCCUAG